AUGGAAAAUGAUACUCCACGACCUCACCAUACCGCCUUGCAAGACCCUCCACUCGAAUCCGCCCUAGAUGCCUUACUCUCGGACUACCUGGACCGUCUGGACGUCCUGUUCCGGGCGUACUCAUCGGAAGGAACAAGCACAGAUGCUGGGUCAAGCAAUAUUGCCUGCGCCAGCUCGGGCAUGAGCACAAACAAUGAGGCACAAUGUUUGAAGCUACACGAAGAAGCGGUGGAGAGGAGAAAUCUCGUCGGGCUGUUCGAGAGCGGUUUACAGGUCGGAUCAUCGACCGGGACCAGGAAUGAACAAGGUGCCGAGCAAGCGGAGCCACGGGAACUGGUAUCACUUCCCUCUAUCCUGGAAUUGAACCAAGAAGAGCAAGAAAUUUGGCGAAGAUGGCGUCCGCAAGUGGAUGAGACUGUUCUGGUCUAUCUCUCGCCUGUACGAGGGUAUUGGCCUGGAAAGAUUAUCGACCUAGGGUAUUUUCACAACUCGGCUUUACCUCGUAUCUCUCGACAACGGAUGUACGCCGUGCGGAUCUACCCCGCCAAACAAAACCCGAUAAUAGCUAUCAAAUCCCACCUCGUCCCCCUCAACCUCCGCCCUCAACCCCCACGGAACGCCCCUUCGACCUUAUCCAAAGCAUACCGCACGGCAGCUUCUUCGUUGUUAUACGAUAUAGAAGCGUUGGGUCUCGAGCUCUCCAACCGGCCCUGCUGGGGAAUGGGUAUGAAGACGGACCUUCGACCUGCCAAAGACAGGAAAGCGCCGAUGUUAGCUGAAAAGGGCGAGAGGGAGAGAUUCAUGUUGGAUAUGAACGGGAAGAGUUGGUUCGACUGGAAAGACUGGAUCGAGGAGCAAUCUCGCCUAGAACUACAGCAACAACGACGAGGACGAGGACAAGAUGGGACGGACGGGCGGGAUGAAGAUCCCGAGGCGUUGAAGAGGGAGGCAAUGGGGAUCUUGAACGACCUGGAAUCGAGGGGCUACCCCGUCUUCUCCUCCGCUCCGGUCCUGAUUCCAGCUGCAAUAUCGCCCAUGAAGAUAGCGCCAAAUUCGUCUACGCCCACCCACACUCGUCCUGCCUCGACCUUGACGAACCCGACCCGUGCGGACCUCAAACGAUCCCGCCGUCGACUCACCGAAGCCCUCGAAGAUCCGAUUAUCGGGCCACACCUCUCCCGGCUGUCUUUGGGCGAUGUUUGUCGAGCUUUGCUUCCCGCUUCAACUUCGUCCUCAGCCUCAACCUCACGGAAAGAGAGGACAGAUAAGAAACGGAUGCAAGAGGUCACAGACCAGUUCAGCGGAUUGGCACCCGACAAUGAUGAUGGGAUGAAUGUGAUCGACGAUCAGAUCAGGCUCGAAGCUCUAGAUCACGUCCUGGGUAAGAAACGCAAGCGAGGUGGUGGCGCCGAAGACGACGUCUCGAUGGGGUUCGUCACGCCCUUGACGGGACAGUCGACCGAGGACGAAGAGGAAGGCUGGUCGGUCGUCAAGCGGAAUCGGCAUAGGUAA